AUGGCGUCCAACGGAGUUCAGGAAGCGUCUCGUUUCAACAUACCCGAGGGAGCACCACCACCACCCCACAACGGAGGAGGCAUCGCAAGUGCAGGCCACAGCAGCUCAAACAGCGUCAGCAGCAUCCACAAGUCCAGCAGUAACAACAAUGGCAACAGUAACAACUCCACAGCUAUCGGAUCAAGCACAGGAGUCGACGAUCGCUUCACCAAGGACCUCGGCAGCAACAGCAACAGCAACAACGGAGCUAUGAGUGAAGAGGACAGCUCGCCGUCAAAGUUCUUGUACCUCCUCAUUACCUGUCUGGCGAUCGGAGGAUUUCUGUUUGGAUAUGACACAGGGGUGAUUGCGGGCGCACUAUUGCCGAUCAAGGAGGAAUUUGGACUCUCGAGCCAACAGCAAGAGUUCAUCGUUGGAGGAACGACACUGGGAGCGAUUAUCGGUGGACUGUUGGCAGGAGCGCUGUCGGAUCUUGUGGGCCGCAAGCCUGUGACGCUGCUGUCGUCGAUGAUCUUUGUGGUGGGAGCCGCCUUGAUGACUUUUGCGCAUGCCUACUGGCUCCUCCUGCUGGGACGAGUCGUCGUCGGAGUUGGCGUUGGUCUUGCUGCACUCGUUGUUCCAUUGUACAUUGGUGAACUCGCCCCAAGUGCAUAUCGUGGACGCUUGGUGACGAUGAACGUGCUGUUGAUCACAGGAGGCCAAUUGGUCGCGUACCUGGUCUCAUCGGCAUUGACAGAUGUGAACGAUGGCUGGCGCUGGAUGAUGGCCAUCUCGGCCCUGCCUGCAUUCCUCCAACUCGUCACACUCCCCUUCCUCCCCGAAUCGCCCCGUUUCCUGGUCAAGAAGGGCGACAUCUCUGGAGCUAAGGCCGUGUUGAGACGCUGCAUGGGACUCUCGGACGCCAAUGACGACUACAUUGCAAAGGAGGUUGAUUCCAUCCGGGAAAGUUUGGAAUUGAGCCACAAGACUCGGUAUCGGGAUCUGUUGCGCAAGGAUAUGAGGCGGCCCUUGAUUAUUGCCUGCUUUAUGCAGUUGUGGCAGCAGCUUUCGGGAUUCAACACGGCCAUGUACUAUUCGGCAACUAUUCUUAAGAUGGCAGGUUUCCCUAAUGCCAAGAGCGCGACCCUGUUCUCGCUUUUGAUCGCCGGAACCAACAUGGUCAUGACAAUGGUGGCGAUCAAGAUUAUCGACAGGGUUGGGCGCAGAAAGAUCUUGCUGGUGACGAUGGUCGGAAUGAUUGCAGGACUGGUCGUCUUGGGAGUGGCCUUCAUCAAAAUCGUGGGAUUCACUGUGAAACAAGACGAAUGUAUCCAGUACGGCGACAACUGUGCAGCUUGUUUGACCGACGACCGAUGCUACUUUGCAGAUGCCAUGAACACCUGUCAGGAUAUGGGCUGGGACGGAACUGGCAAGAGACCGAUCUACACGGGCGUCUGCCCGAACCGGUCUCAGGGAAUCAAGACUGGAAGCUGGGUUGCUCUGGCUAGUUUGGUCUUUUAUGUGGCCUCAUAUGGAUUGGGACUCGGAAAUGCGCCCUGGUUGAUUCAGAGUGAGUUGUUCCCUUUGGAUAUCCGCGGCAAGGCUACCGGCAUGGCAACAGCUUGUAACUUUGCCGGAAACUUGGUCAUCUCACUUACGUUCCUGACGCUGACCCAAAAGAUCACCGCCACUGGAACGUUCUGGCUCUACGCCGGAAUCCUGGUCAUCGCUUGGUUGUUUGUCUACUUCUUGGUCCCCGAAACUGCCGGUUUGAACUUGGAGGAUAUCCAGGAGUUGUUCCGGACUGAAGCUGCAGGCGAGACUGGACCGACGUAUGUUAUAGGUAGUCGUGGUGGCGGUGAGGGUGUUGGUGCUGGUGCUGGUGAGGAUGGACGGAGACGGCGUCGUGGGCAGGGUGGUGCAGAGGAACUUUAA